AUGUCGGAAGCUCUAGGAAUCGACGAGCAUGACCUGAAGGCGCAAAAUCCGCGCUUUUUGCUCCGACAACCUCGUGCGCUUCAAUGGUUUGAGCACGGUCGCUUGGUCAAGCGUCAUGACGAGGAAAGACAAGCUGGUCGCUUUGAACUAUUCCUCGAUUUGCUAUACGUCGCAAUCUUAUCUAACUUCGCGGAUUUCCUCGCGGAAGACAUUUCGGGCGCAAAACUUGUCAAAUACAUUUUGGUCUUAGCUCCAUCAUGGCACAUAUGGAGCGACAUUCGCGAAUUGAUGAACUCGUUUUACAAUGAUGACCUCCUUCAACGCCUUCUGAUACUCUGGCUGAUGGCCGUGCUGGUCGUUUACGGAAAUAAUGCUCCUCUGGUUGACGAAGAUAUCGGCGCCAUGCGCGCAGCAGUCGGUUCCUACAUGGUCGCCCGUGUAACGAGCAACCUGGCGCAUCUUGUCUUCUCUUUCGCAAGCUAUCAUCAUCGUCGGCAACAACGACUGUGGGUCGUUCUUUCGUCUAUAUGCCUGUGUAUCUAUAUUCCUCUCUAUUUCGAGGAUGUAUCGAUUCGCGGCAAGAUUGCGGCUGCUGCGGUCGCGGUAUCGCUGGAGGAGUUCAUUUGGGUUUUCUGCUAUAGUCCCGUGGCGAAGAAGUUGCUUCGCGUGAAGUAUUCAACUGCUGUGGAUAUUGCACAUGAGAUUGACCGCUUCGCGGCGUUCUACAUUAUUGUUCUGGGUGAAUUUCUUUAUCUCAUUGUCAAGGGCUCAAAUGCUGCCGUUGGAUUUAAUGAGGGCCUCCUACGUGCUAUCUGGACUUUGAUCAUUGCUUUCUGCUUGAAUUGGCUGUACACACAUGCAGAUGGGUCUAUGGAGAGCACACAUCCGCUACGACACAAUAUUUACACUGGGUUCUCCUUCGCUCUGAUUCAUCUGCCACUCAUUGCUGCUCUUUUGGCAGGUGGGCACGUCGCAGCGGCUUCGGUAGCUGAAGAAGACUUUGAGGACGCGCAGCGGUGGUUGCUUUGCGAAGGUCUUGGUGUCGGAAUGAUGUGCCUAUAUUUCUUUGCUCUGAUCCAUGCCUGCCAAGAUGAACCAGGUACAUUACUGAUGACAAAGCACGUUCGCAUCAUAAUGCGCCCGAUCACCGGCCUCAUCACCAUUCUACUUCCACUUGCCCACCAUCUCAACGCUACAGAGAUUCUUUCAAUCAUAAUGGCAAUGUAUGUGGUCUGCUUGGUUUGGGAAACUGUCGGUUCGCUCAAGAAGGGGGCUUGCUUCUUUGAGCAUUGGAGCGACGUCGAUUAUCCUGAAACUCACCAACAAGAAGAGCAACCUAAAGACAAUGAGGCCACGAUGCCCUAG